CUGAUGUAGAUUAAUAUAAUAUUCAUGCUACAACAAAGCAUUUAAGGAUGCAAACGAUUCAAAGGAAGAGGAAGCAAGUUUACUUUUAGUUUCAAAGAUGCAAGAUAUGUGAAACCAAAGAAUAUGAACCAGCAGCCCACCCCUCACUCUGAUAAAGAGUACUGAUUAGUUUGUCUGAUGACUCACUUUGUAUCUUUUGGUUUGAGCUUUUACUGUCAGCUUUAUGCUCAAAGUCUGGACUAAAACAACAAUGGAGUUGAGAGAUGCUGGUUGUCUGCUUGUGGGUCUCAGCUUUUACAUUUCAGGUGUUAAUGGAGGAGAAACCAGAAUCUGUGCUUUCAAAGGUUCAUCAGUGGAUCUGCACUGCUCACAUCAACAUCUGACUUCAAGCAGAAAAUGGUUCACUAUAGACUGGGAUGGUUACAAGUAUGUUCAGAGUGAGCUCUCUGUGGAUGGACAACAUGUAACACACAACAUGUCUGAAGAGAAAAACCCAACUUUAACCAUCAAUGAUCUAAGAGAGAGUGAUGAAAACGCUUACUGCUGUAUGAAGACUACAGACAGUCCAGGACACUGUUGGCUCAACAGAAUUACUCUUCAGGUUGUUGCAGAGCUGCAGGUAAAGGUGAUUCCUGCCACAGAGGGACAGACAGUAACACUGAUGUGCAGCAGCAGCUGUCCUCUGACUGAAAAGCCUGCAGCCUACAUCUGGUACAAGAACAGAGAGUUUCUCUAUGAGGACUGGUCUCCCUGGUACCAAGAGCUGCUCAGCAGUGAGGAAGCAGUCACAUACUCCUGUGCUGUCAAAGGCUACGAGCAUCUCAGAGCCCCUGAAGUCUCUGUGGAUUCCAUCACACAGACAUGCUUCAGUGUCACUUAUGCUUAUGGAAACAUGUGUUAUCAGACAUCAGUGGAUGAGCCAUGCACCAUCACCUACCCUAGAGAGGUUUAUGUUCAAAGAGCUUCUUCCACCUUGGCAUUUGUCACACUGACCUGUAACAACAGCUGUAAUCUGACUGACCAUCAAGCUGUCUACAUGUGGUAUCACAACAAAAUAAACUAUUAUGAGAAUCAACAUUAUUCAAUUCAUAACUCUUCAACAGACACAUUCUCUUGUGCAGUUAAAGGUCACACACAUCUUCAAUCUAAAAAAGUUUGUGUUCAGGAUAAAAACUGCUGGAGAGUGAAUUAUGUCAGCAGGAGAAUCUGUGCUCUGGAAGGAUCUUCAGUCAACAUCACAAGUGAAUACUCACAUCCUGAUAACAUGAAGCCAGAGUUUAAAUAUUGGAGUAAAAAAUGGAGAAAAGAUAAAGUGGAAGUUGAAGAGCUGAUUGAGGCUGCAGGUGGUGUGGAGUAUCAGGACAACAUGAAGAACCAACACGUCCUGACCAUCAAAAACCUGAAGAAGAAUGACUCAGGAGGAUACACAUUCAGAUUCAAGAAAGACCAUAAAGGAUGGACACAGUCUGAUCUGCCUGGAGUCUUUUUGAUUGUCACAGAGCUGAGAGUGAAGAUGAGUCCUUCUGCAGUAGUGACAGAGGGUCAGAGAGUCACACUGACCUGCAGUACCAGCUGUCCUCUGACUGACAACACAAACUACAUUUGGUACUUGAACAGUCGACCUCUGACCCCGAGAGAGAACCAGAACAAACAUCUGAUCCUAGACCCAGUCAGCAGGGAGGAUGCAGGAAGCUACUCCUGUGCUGUGAAAAGCAACAAAGAUAUCAGCUCUGCUCCAAAGACUCUCACUGUCCAAAGUAUCACAGGAAGGACACGAGGAGUUUCUGUAAUAGUUCUGGUUUCAAUACUUCUCUUUUUCUUCUUUUUGAUUAGAAAAAAGAGGACUAUGAGUCAGUCUUCCACAAACGAAACAUCAAACAACAUAGUGGAGCUAAAUCCUGAUCCUGUGUGUGAAGACGUCUUAAGUGAGCCACAGGUGGAGGAUGAAGUCCUCUACAGCAAAGUCUACUUCUUCAAAAACCACACAGAUCCUCUUUUUUCCACCAUAGAGCCACUUCAGCCCAGAGAAGAGCAGCAUGCUGAUUACACUGUGGUGAAGUGUAGAAAUAACACGAGCUCUGAUGAAGAAUCUGUUGUCCUUUCAACAGAAACAGACCCCACAUGGUGUUGAACAAGCCUUUUAACACAUCUCUGCAACUGUCAUUUAAAAUUUUGUGCAUCACAUUUGAAUCUUCAUUUUACCUUUUUGCUGUGUUCGACACAAUUAGAUUAGGCAGUUCGAUGGGCUUCACAUGUUACUCAUAUGAAUGGAAUAAUUCAUGAUCAUGUAAAUAUUAUGCUCAUGUAUUUUUAUUUUUAUUCUAUUUUAGGAGGUCAUGUGCCUUUUGUCUCCCUUUUCUAACCGUGAGAGCAAUUACACACAAAGAAAGGUUGUUCAAUAUAAUCCAAGAACAAAGGGAUAGAACAACUGUAGUGUUUGCUGUGGGGAUGACCCUUGUGUGCAUGUGCUAUUAUAGCAGAAGACACUGAAAUGUGGGAAUGUCACUGCAUUAUAGCCUUGAUUUUGUCACAGUGCAGAAUAUUUAAGUCCAAGUUGUUACUCUUAUUUAUUUCGUAACAACUGGAAACCUUGUUAUGUCUUUUUCAGAACUGUACAUUUAACCAUUUCAUUGCUGUCAGUAAUUUUUAUUUCAUUGACGGUUUGUUCUUAUAUCAUUAUAUCACUGGUGAAUUUUGCCACUUAGCGCUGCCCUUUGUCACUUUUAUAUAUGUAUAAACAUAUGAUGUGUUUUUGUGUAUAUAUGUAAACCUUGUUGAAAAUUUGGAUUUACAAAGUAUGACAAUUACAAAUACAGAUAUCAGUGUCACAGUAUAAAGACAAAUAACCCGAUUUAGAAAUUAAUUUAUUUGUGGCAACAAGCAGAGACAAAAAGCUUUUCAUCUGUAAACUCCUCACCCAGCCCCCACACUUGCAUGCGCAUUGCUGCGAUUGCAAUCAGUUUCUAGCAGAGAGAACUGUGGUCUUUUUGCGUGCUAACUCAAAGAUAAUAACAGGGUUCAGUGGAAAAUAUUACUGAAAACAUAACCUGCAAGCGCUAACCAGAUACCCAUCUGCAGAGACUGCUGCUGAGAUCAUGAGCUGUGAUAAUGGCAGCCUACGGUGGACAGACCACAAACUGCUAAAGAGCAGAACAAGCUAGACUGGUGCUUAAUAAUGGUGAUGUUUUCCAAAUGGUCACUAUUAUUAAUAUUAUUGUUAUUAUUAUUAUUUUAACAGGCUGUAAACAUGCCUUGUAAAAAUGUUUGUAUGAGCAUUUUAACUCUUGUGCCCUUUUUUGUUAUUGCACUCCAUCAGGUUUGAGCAGGAGAGUUUUAGAAAAAGUAAUGAAUACAUACAGCAUACAUAUACAUACAUAAAUGUAGAGGAAUAAUAUCAAUACUUAGAACAGUUAUUGAGACUGAAAGUUACCUGAACAUCUAAAAUAUUCAGCACAAGACAACUAAGCCCCAUUGUUCUUCCUGCAGACAGCAAAAGAACCACAGAGGAAGGACAUUCAUGUUUACUCUCUUUUCUUUUUGUCCUUGCCUGUCCUGUCCGGCAAUCAGAAUUAUUGUCUGAAGCCCAAGAAAAAGCCCAGCAGAUUUAUGUUCCCAAGUUGACCAAGUUCCGCUUUUGUUGUCCUGGUCCACUUGAUAGUAAUAGUUUUUAUAGAUAGAAAGAUAAAAUAAAGGAUUUUUUUAAAUAUGAAUUAUUACAAUCAGAACAGAUAGGACAGGGGGAGAGGAAAGAGAAAGAAAAAGGAAAGAGAAGUUUGGAAGACAGUAAACAGAAGGAGA